UGUAGGCUGAAGUUGGGCCGAUCCGUCGGCCACAGCCGGUGCUGAUCGUUCCCAAACCUCUCUAGCGUUUUGUUUGUUUUUAUCACAACCUAAGAGAGUUCGACAAGAUGGCAUUCCCUCUUGCCCUCCAGCCCACUGCUGAGGACCUUAAGAUGCUCCUGGCUUGCCAGGCCCACCACGGCUCCAAGAACUCCACCGCGGCCAUGAGCUCUUACAUCUUCGACCGCCGCAACGAUGGUGUCAACGUCCUCAACGUCGGCCAGACCUGGCAGAAGCUCGUUUUCGCUGCCCGCAUCAUUGCGGCCAUCGAGAACCCCGAGGACAUCGUUGUCAUCUCCGCUCGCCAGUACGGCCAGCGCGCUGCUCUCAAGUUCGCUGCCCAGAUCGGUGCCCGCGCCAUCGCCGGCCGCUACACCCCUGGUACCUUCACCAACUACAUCACCAAGGGCUUCAAGGAGCCCCGCCUGAUCAUCGUCACCGACCCGAUCACCGACCACCAGGCCAUCACCGAGGCUUCCUACGUGAACCUCCCCUGCAUUGCCUUCUGCGAUGCCGACUCCCCCCUGAACUUCGUCGAUGUUGCCAUCCCCGCCAACAACAAGGGCCGCAUGUCCCUGGGUUGCCUGUACUGGAUGCUCGCCCGCGAGGUCCUCCGUCUGCGCGGCGUCCUCGCCCGCGACGAGAAGUGGGACGUCAUGGUUGACAUGUACUUCUACCGCGACACUGAGGAGACCACCGAGAAGUCCGACGAGGCCGCCCUCGAGAAGGUUGCCGAUGCCUACUUCCCCACCGAGGGUGCCGUCGAGCAGACCUGGGACGAGACCGCCGUCGAGGGUGUCGAGGGCGCCGCCGACUGGACUGCCGAGGUCCCCGCCCAGAACUCCAACUGGUCCGCCUAAAUCUCCCCCGAGACGACGAAAAGCACCACGCGGCUGCGUGAGAGAGGAGGCUAGACGUGGUGUGUGUGUGCGACUUGUGGAGCAGCUCCUUCGAGGGGGCGAGCAUGCGCCUGUGCGCACAUCCCCCCCCUUCCUUCCACUGCCGCCCUCCGUUGCCCUGUCGGUGUGACGGUGGGGCCCGCGCGUGCAUGUGCGAGAGGGGGUGUGUUCGUGGUGUUGCGCGCGCGCGCGCGUACACACACACACACGAGGGGCCAGCGGCGGGACCGGACACUGGGCCGGGGGGUUGUCCCCCCCUCUCUCUCUUCCCCCACCCGGUGUCCUCUCCCCCUUCUUCUCCCCUUUUGCCUCCCUGCCUGUGUGUUCUCCUCUCCUCUCUUGCUGGCGAGGGGAGGCACGCUGGCUCGGCGGGGCGGGGGGGCGGAUGGCUGCGCCGCGCGUGUUCGCCCAUGCGGGGCGCACACAUAUGCUCCCGUAUUUUCACCUCCCCGGGGCGCGCUCUCCACAAAUGCACAUACACUAUCUCUCCUCUUUCUCCCACCACCUUCUUUCUUCUUCCAUCUUGCAAUAACAAAUCGCUCCGGUCGGUCGAUUCCCCC